AAAGUGCACUGGCCAUGAUAUUUCAGUGAUUUUCCAUUACGGGAUGUAAGCUUUUUCACAGCUAGAGAGCAACGCUUUCCCCUGUGUUGAACUGACCAGGACUAGCAGGGUCCUUGCCAGCCUGUGUGGGCGUGGGGAGGGGUGAUCGGAAAAUCAGCAUUUUACCAAAACAAACACUGCUGUCUCCACGCGAGCUUGACAACCACAUCACAAAAACAACAAACCCGUCUCGUAUUUUCUGUUAACGUAUUCAGUCUGAAAGCAAAGUAUUAAAAAGGGAGUCACCCAGAAGCUCACAUAAAGACCGAACCAGGAAAGGACCGAGUCAAACAGCCUCUCUGUUCCUGACCACCUUUAUAUUACCUGUGCAGGUUGAAGUGUGCAGCAGCGAUGUCCCAGCUAGAGUCCGCUGUGCAGUCCCUGGUGGACGUGUUCAUCAAAUAUGCAGAGCAGGAGGGCAGCAAGAACCAGCUGAGCCAGGGGGAGCUGAAGAAACUGAUCACGACUGAACUGAGCAGCGGGGCUCUGGGGAAGAAGGUCGGCCCCGAGGAGGUGGGGGAGCUGAUGGGGCAGCUGGACAAGAACCACGAUGGGGAGGUGAACAUGCAGGAGUUCUGCAGGUUCAUUGGCAUCCUCGCCAAGGGGUACUACAAGAGCAAGAAGAAGGGGAGCCCCUAACUCACAGCAACUCGCACAACCACCGACUGACUCAAACCACCCACCUACCCACUAACCCACUCAUUUACCCUUGUGCUUCACCUCUGCCGGACCAUAAACCAGCCUCAUGCUCGAUGUAACCAGCAUACCUCCUUGCAUGCGACAGCACCGUUUUCUGUGUUUGUAAAGUUGUUAUAUAAAAUGUAAUACAAAAAUAAAACGUGGUACAAACCAAGACAUUUGUUGUUUUUGGAGAGUGACUCUCACGGUGCUUCAUCGCCAGUAACAGUGGCUGAGCUGGGAAUUGAAAUAUCAUCCAUUUGUAAUUCCAAGCAGCUACGUACCUGAAUUUUAAUUUUAAGGUUAUGAAACAGCAUUGGAACUGCCAGGAGGCUGGUGUUAUAUAUUCAAAAGAAAGAACAACUGAAAAGCAGUGAAGCAAAAUAAUCAAACACACUCUAAAGAGUUAUUAGCGGAAGCAGAAGCCUUUCUCAGUGCCUUCAGUCCUAUCGUACACGGCUGCCAGUUUCUUUGAGUAUGUCGGAGUUUUCUUACGAGGGUUUAAUAGUUACGGGUGAUAAGUUUAAUGUCUCACAUAGCCAAGGGAGGAUUUACAAAACUCUCCAAACAACUUCUCAUCAGUCAGGUCACGUGUUAUCAGAGGGGCUUGGUCAGUGAUUGAUAAUCUCGCAAGAAACACAGGUAAAUGUCGAACCCCUGUCCUGAUUCGACCUGAUACACAAUCCAGCAGGUUUUAUAGGCAACCCUUAAUCAUCACUGUACUGAAUGUAUUAUACAUUUUUCACUAUAUUGUUGUUUUUUUUACUGUACAUCAUGUAUUCUGCAUUUCUCUGUAUUUAAAGUAUGAUGGAUUUUCUUGUUGUUACUGCAUCUUGUAAAGCGCUUUGUGAUGGUGGUCCACGAUGAAAGGCGCUAUAUAAAAUAAAGAUUGAUUGAUUGAU